AUGACUGACAGGGACUGGUUAUCAUCUGGAAAAGAUGUAGCACUCGAUGAUGGAAAUAAUAUCGAUAUCAGUGUUUUAGGACAAGAAAGGCUUCCCAUGGAAAUAAUAUCUGAAGAUAGAUCGCUGGAAAGCUUGCCCAAUUCUUCCGAGCCGUCAGAUUUGCCGAUACAUCCAACAAAGUUAAAUGUACUGUCGAUCGCAAUCGCAGAAAAAGAUGAUCCAAGGAAAUUCCGAAUUUAUCGUUCUUUGAAUUGUGAACCGCAAAGAUCUACGAUUUAUUAUCGGUGUGCAAAGUGCGAGUCACUCGAAAAAAAAGCCUUUGGUGGUGUCCGAUCAAGGCGUUACAAACCGUAUGUGAAAACACUGCACGGGAAACUAGUUGGAAAUGCACAUCCUGAGCAUCAUCCCGGCUGUCAUGCAGUAACUAAAGAAAUUCAAGAAUUGCAAGAAAUGGAUCGUGCUUGCAGAGCUAAGAUUAGAGCCAAUUAUGUGUCAAACAGGUCUCCACAAAAAGUCAUUGAACAUGCACUUGAGGGCAGCUCGAAUAUCGACAUCCAAUCAAAUUACAAUUUGCGCAGAAGACCAAAACGAUUAAGUCUUAAACUCGAUCCUCUGAGUCGUGACAUAAAUGAAAGUGAACUGUCAGAAAUUGACUGUUUAUUGAGGUUUAUAAGUGAGGCAUGUGUCAACAAUAUCGCAGAAACGACAGAUCAUAGAAGUAUUCAUUCUUUUGGUACUUCAUCGUCAAAAAGUAUUGGUUAUUCCUCACUGAUUGUACCGGAACCUGAUGGAAUAUCAGUACGAAUUUAUGAUGCGGAUGAUAAAUUAGCUGAUCAGGGAGUGACACAUUAUUACUGUUCCAGAUGUGAUGAUUUAUACCAAAAAGAAAAUGACGAAUCUAUCAGAACUAUAUUGAAAGCAGAAAAUGAUUUGGUGGUUGAAUAUCCAACACAUCAUGCAGAAUGUUCACCAUCAACACUGGAGUCACUGAGAGAACUGGGCGAUGACUUGAAGAAUUUCUGUGUCGUAGCAAAUCGUAGGAUUAUUCCUCUAAAAGCAGUAAUUGAAUCUGAAUACAAUAUUUUUCAUGAGCCGGAUGAAAGCUUUCUCACUGGUGGGUCGAACGAACAGAAUUGGGAUACACCAGCUAUGGAUGAAGAAAUUCUUAUCAAUCCUACAUCAGUUCCGAAACUUCGGGAACAACGAUGCUUUUGUAGACGUCUUUAUGAAGAAAAUAUGGAAUUAUACCAGGAAAUGUUGAGGAGUGUACAUCAAAUGAGAUCACUGAUCAACGAAAUGAAACGUAUUUCUGGCGCAAAUGAGGAAUACUAUAUCGAGGAUGGGCAAGUUUUGGAGGAAAGUGAUAGUAGCACGCUCUAUGUUCGCUGA